AUGAGGUUAUCUUAUAUAUUCUCGAGUUUCAUAGUAUUUCCUCUUGUGCUUGGAAGUUGGUUUUCAUCACCUUUUGAGAAAACAGGAGAAGUCAAAGAGACACCAACUGCAGACUUCAGAAAUGGCGUACUAGUAAUAUUCAAUGACCCCAACCCUUCAAAAGAAAAUAUUAGCAAGUUGUCUACGUACAUAACCAGCACUUUAGAGGCGAAAAUAAUCCAGACUUAUGAUUCAUUAUUCUAUGGCUUUGCCGUAGAAUUUGAUAAAGCCAAGCUAGAGAAGAUGUACACUAAGAUAGCUGAGAUGAAUAAAGUGAAUGAGUUCGGGCUCGAUGAUAACGAGUGGCUAAAUGAGCAAAUCUCAAAGCUUUUUGGAGAUGCAACUGGACAAGAAUUGACCCUUCUGGAGAAUACUGAAGUCCAAAUACAACAAGAUUAA